AUGAACGCAGCCAUUCACACAAUCGUGACAGGGGUUGCCCUCGUGGCUGCCCUCAUCAUCCAAUUCGGUGGCAUUCAUCAUAUUGAGGAGGGCUACGUCGGCAUCUACUACCGAGGUCUCUUACAACCUGCCUCCCAUGACGACCUGCCUUCCAUGACCUGCAGUCUUCUUUUUUUGACCCGCCUGGCACCUCUCUCACUCACUCUCUUCCCCUCUCCUUUCCUCUCUUUCCCUCUUCUCUCUCUUCUGCCCUCCAUAGGUGGUGCCUUGCUCAAUGCCGUAUCCGAGCCUGGCUACCACGUCUUGAUCCCCUUUUUAACUUCUGUCAAGCAGGUUCAGAUCACAAUGCAAAAAGACGAGGUGCGCAACGUCCCCUGCGGUACCUCGGGAGGUGUCAUGAUCUACUUUGACCGCGUUGAAGUCGUCAACAUUCUCGACAAAGAAGCCGUGUUGGAUACCGUCCGUCGAUUCACCCCCUCCUACGAUCAGCCCCUCAUUUUUGACAAGGUCCACCACACCCUCAACCAGUUUUGCAGCGUCCACACGCUGCAAGAAGUGUACGUCAAUCAGUUUGAUCAGAUUGAUGAAAACCUCAAGCAAGAUUUGGAAGCCGACCUCAACAAACUUGCGCCCGGCCUGCAAAUUCUCGCCGUCCGCGUGACAAAGCCCAUCAUCCCAGAAGCCAUUCGCCAAAACUAUGAAGCCAUGGAAGCGGAGAAGACAAUGCUGCUCAUCGCGGAACAACGUCAGCGUGUCGUGGAGAAGGAAGCCGAGACGGAUCGCAAGCGCGCCGUCAUUGAGGCUCAGAAAGCAGCGGAAGUCAAGACCAUUGAGAACGAAGCCCGCAUCGCUGAAAAAGAAGCAGAAAAGAAAAUGUCGACCCUCGAAGAUCAGAUCCGCUUGGCGCGCGCCAAGGGCGCUGUGGACGCAGAAUACUACCAAUUGACCAAGCAGGCCGAGGCCGAGAAGGCUCGCUUCACCCCCGAGUACCUGCAGGCUCUCAUGUAUACGAGCGUGGCCAACAAGACCAAAAUUUUCUUUGGUCCGGAUAUUCCUUCCAUGUUCACUUGGCCUUCUACCACCCCCAACGAAUAG